GCUAGCCCCACGUGACGACAGCCAAUAGAUUCGCCCGGGGAAUCGCUUCGUCGCGUCUCAGACUGUGUUGGACUCCCAGUAUCGCUGCACGCGUAGUUGUUUUGAUUGGUUGCUAUACUAAAAACUUCAACAGUACUUAGACUAGUGUUCUAGUGCCUGCUUUUAGAAAAUGAGUGACCACAAAGAGGAAAAACAUAAAGAAGAGAAACAUAAAGAUGAGAAACACAAGGAUGAAAAGAAAAAGGAUAAAGAUGACAAGCACAAGGAUGACAAGCACAAGGAUGAGAAGAAGAAGGAUAAGGAUGAUAAACACAAGGAUGACAAGCACAAGGAUGAGAAGAAAAAGGAUGACAAACAUAAGGAUGAGAAACACAAGGAUGAGAAACACAAGAAGGAUUCAGACGAUGAAAAGAAGAAAAAGGACAAAAAACAUUAGCCACAUUAUCUUCUUCUAUAACAUUUAUAAUGGGUUCUAAUGCCUGGCCAGAGGGCAGAACAAUGCUUAAUGUUGUUAGUCAAUAUUGUCCUCUUUAUGUCUUAGCUACACUUCUAAUCACAACUGAUCUAUAGACCUUUUUGCUGUCAAUUGGCUUUAGACCAGUUUAAUAUAUUUUACUACUUGCCUUCAUAUCAAAACAUCAUCCUAUUUUUAGAUCUACAUGAGUGAAUGUUUGUUAUAUUUAUUAGCAAUUAGCAUGUGAUCAUUGGAUUAAUUAAGAACUUCUGUCUGCAUUGUAAAAACCACCAUGACCUAAGUUCAACUUCUUUUACUAUUAUGAAAGUAUAUGGAUCUAUUCAGUACCAACAAAGUAUCUUCAAAAUAUAUUUAAAUAUGUGUAGUGAUAAUAACAUCAAAAUGAUGUGUAUUACAAAAACAACAAAAAUCUCUUUAGAAAACAUGGCUGUAUUUUUGUUUAUAGAGGAGCUAAAUACAAGUCUUUCUCACUGAAUUAGUGAAUAGUGAACAUUCUAAUAUUCUUGUGAAAUAUAUUUUUAUAUUGAGAACAGUUUUUAACUUUUUGUUUGUAAUACUCUGUGUUUUUAUUUUCUAAGCUAUUUAUAUAUAUACAUAUAUAUACACACACAUAUUUUGUUUCAUUCCUUUUGAUCUAAACAUCUUAUAAAGUGAUACUUUUUAUUGAAAAAAUAUACACAUUGAACUUGUA